AGGUUUAAGCCCAACAGAACUGCCUUUUGAUUGCCUAGAAAAGACCAGCAGGAUGCUUAGCUCAACUUACAAUACAGAAAAAGCAAUAGUGAAAACAUGGCGUCACCUUGCCGAAAGUUUUGGCCUAAAAAGGGAUGAAAUUGGAGGAAUGACAGAUGGACUUCAGCUUUUUGAUCGGAUUAGUACUGCAGGGUACAGCAUCCCAGACCUGUUAACUAAAUUAGUACAGAUUGAAAGACUAGAUGCUGUGGAGUCCCUUUGUGCAGAUAUUGUGGAGUGGGCACAAUCUACACCAACAGUCACAACACCUACAGUGCCAAACACAGAAAAUGUAUGA